CAACUAAAAGCUGCCGCUUGGCAAACUUAGAUUGGCAGACAGCCGGAAGACUUUUGCGUGGAAUGCCGCUUGGCAUAGCUGAUCAGCCGACACCAGACAGUUACAGACAAAUUGAAUUUCAAUAUAAGCAACUAUUUCGAAAAUAACUGAAUCAAAAUGCGACACAACUUCGAGCUGAAGUGGCGACUCCAGCUGUUCGCCUCGCUGCUCUUCUGCGCCCUGCUCGGCUAUCUCAGCUCCUCGGUGGCGCUGGCCAAGCCCACGUUGUCGUUCAGCCUGCCGCACGGACUGCAAGGCUUUCCCUCGUUCCAGUCCUUCACCCAGCAGAUCAUCGAGCAGCGCAGCCUGCGUCAAAUGAAAACGUACAGCGGCAAGCGCAUUAGCAACGAUUCGCUGAUAAUGAUAUACUAUCACGAUCAGACCAUAGCCGUCACGGAGCUGGGUCCACAGAAGCUGCUGCUCGGCUGUGAGCUGAUUGAAAUUUACAACGACAAGGAAGGCAAAAUGCUGCUCAAUGGCCUCGCCAAAUACAAUCGACCUCUGCAAAUCAAAUUCGAGGAAAUGCUCAAACUGAUGGAUCAAUGCGAGCACGUCGAUAAGCUCAGCUAUGCGUCCAAGCUCAGAUACAAGUCCAGCAAUGAGGGCUCGGAACGCAGCAGCGGCACAAGCGAGUCUGAGGCCAGCGGUGCGGGCAACGACAGUUUGGGCGGCUCAGCUAAUCAGGAUGGUGUUUCGCUCAAGCUGGCAGCGAAUAUCUUUCCGCGCAGUCCCUUCUCGCUGCUAAGCGGCAUUAUACCAGGCACCAAAUGGUGUGGCACGGGAGAUAUUGCCGAAACGUACAGCGAUCUGGGCAGCGAAAUGGCCAUGGAUCGCUGCUGUCGCCAGCACGACCUGUGCCCCAUCAAGAUACGUGCCUAUCAAAACAAAUACGAGCUAAUGAACGACUCGCUAUACACCAAAUCGCACUGCAUUUGCGAUGAUAUGCUGUUCUCGUGCCUGAAGAUGACCAACACGUCGGCCUCCCAGCUGAUGGGCUCCAUAUACUUCAACCUGGUGCAGGUGCCCUGCCUGGAUGGGCGAAGCAAUCAAUACAAGUUCCGUGCGGCCAAGGAGGGUUUCUAAGAGCGGCUUGGGGCGGUUUAACAGCUUAUUUUCAGUGUGUCUUAUAUAUUUUUCGUUUGUUGUUGUUG